AUGGCUUCCUUAUUCCAUAAGCCUGUCCACUCUCACACACACGCUUACACUCAUGAGCAUAAACUACCUUCUAUUAGCCAUCUCUUGACUCUGUCGCCUAGGCCAGAGCUAAACCAAAGACUAUCUCCAGAACAUCAUCAAAUUCCCUCCAUUUCUUCACUCACCUUACCAUUCCGCCCAGUCUCUCCACCUUGCGAAGACACCUUACCUCCACUCCAAGGUGACGACCCACCCCAACGACUAGUACGCUCUUUACAAUCUCAAGCUCAAGAUCAAUCUAUUCAGGCUGGUCCUGUUGAAUCCCCCACAAUCACACCUGCUCAGAGUCCAGUAUCUCAACCACCGGCUCUCAAACGUCGCCGAGGUAGGCCACCUAACCUACGUGAGCCAAUAUGGGAAGGUGGCUGGGUAUUCUUAGCCCCAACUGUGUGGGAGGUCAAUCCUGGACGCCCAACAUCCGCAUCUAUAUCUAAAUUGACACCCACACAUCCACUUCUACAUACUUAUUCACAUUCACAUUCACAUUCACAUUCACAUACACCAACACCAAUUCAUACACCAACCCAUACACCUAUACCAAAACCAGCACCAGCACCAGCACCAGCACCAGCACCAGCACCAGCACACACAUUGACAUCGACAUUAAUACCGACGACACAAAUAUCAAAAUCACCAUCAAAAUCACCAUCACCAUCAAAAUCACAACCACAACCACAAAUACAAGCUUCUUUCACAUCGGAUCACCCUGAUCUUCAUAUUCCUCGCAAGAAACGGGGGCGCAAACCAAAGCAUCACAUCGUUGGACAUUCAUGCUUUGUCUGGAAAGAACUUACUUCGACCCGAGCUAUAAAACCAAAAAAAGUUUGUUCGUCUGUACCAAAUAAUCUUCGACUGAUACGAAAAGCACCUGAACAAGCAGUCGAAUAA